AUGUCGGCACGAUACAUCUGCCUCUCUGACAUCAUCUCUGGCCCUCUGAGGGCCACUCACGGCAUUAUCGCGGGCUGCAGCAUGGCCACAUCUCUCAUCCGUGUCCAUGCCCUCGAUGCCUUCGACACCGUUCCUCGUUCGCUCAGCCUGCGCCGCAUCGAUCGGGAGUCCUCGGAGUUUUCCUCUUUCGACGCCGACAUCGAUGACACCAGCAUCUCGGCUAUCGGUUCCAGGUCCUUCGUUAGAGCUACCAUCCUGAACAUGGCAUCCCUGCUGCUGGCGGGUAUCAGGCAGAUGUUAGGCGGCCGUGUCGCUCUCGACAAGGUUGCCCUAGUGUGCUCCUGUGGUGCCCUGGGCCAGCAGCUGGAGGCUGAUCUUGGCCCCUUCGGCGCACUGGACACCUCCGCCAUCAACCUCGACUGCGACGACGCGGCUGGGAAAUGUUUCAGGGCGGGCAAGGGGGGGAUGAGGAAGCGUCAGGAGAGGAAGAUCAAGAUGCAGCGCAAG